GAAUUAUCAUGAUAUUUAUGAUAAGAUCAGUUUCUUUAAAGACUCGGAACUUUCUUAUAGAAUAAUGGAUCAUAAUUUCAUCAUAUGGAUGGGUGAUCUUAACUAUCGUAUCCAAACUUCAGUUGAUUUCAGUACUGAGAUCAUAAAGGCACUGGCUGAUCUCUACCAGUUCAAUAAGUUGCUUCAGCACGAUCAGCUCCAGCAGCAGCAGAAAAGAGGAGAAGCAUUCACUCACUUUAAAGAACCUCCCAUUGAUUUCAAACCAACAUACAAGUUUGACCCAUCCACUAACAGUUGGGACUCAUCAGAGAAGAACAGAGCCCCUGCUUGGUGUGACAGGAUCCUCUAUUAUUGUGAUGAUAUGAGUUACAUUAAGAACCUCUCCUACCUCUCUCACCCUGAGAUGAUCAUCAGUGACCAUAAACCAGUCAGUGCCACCUUUGAACUACAGGUGAAGGUAGUUGUUCCUGAUAGAGAGAAGCAGACCAUUGAUGAGAUUUCCUUUAAACUGGACAAACUGUACAACGAGACACUACCACAAGUGGAACUGAACUCUUACGAAUUUAAGUUUGAGAAGGUUAAGUUCAUGGUGGAACGGACACAGGUACUUAAAGUUCGUAACAUUGGUCACCGCCCGGUGCAGCUGGGGUUCAAACCAACCCCUGACAAACAGGACAGGAUAUCUAAACCAUGGCUAUCCAUAAGACCAGAUAAAGCACUCAUACUAACAUCUGAAGAGGUGUCCAUUAAUCUAACAGUUAAUAUAGACAGCGAUCAUGUGACUUCAUUCAAUAAAAGAACGGACAGUCUUGAUGAUAUACUAGUACUGAACCUUGAGGGAGGGAAGGACAUAUUCAUAUCCGUCAGUGGGGACCUACUCUCAACAUGUUUUGGAUCUUCACUAGAAACCCUAAUACAUGUACACACAUACGUCAGGGAAGUACCCACUGGCCAACUACUGGACCUUAGCAUGUCUUCAUCGUGGGAGGAGUAUGAUUCUCAGGCCCUCUCAGUCCGGAAGGCCCCACCCCCAUUAGACAUACCAAAGGAACUGUACAGGCUAGUGCAGUACCUUUUAGACCACGGACUGAAUGCAACUGCUCUGUUCACUGAUGGGGGGCUGUCUAGUGAGAGAGAGAAGAUAAGAGACACACUGGACACUGGGGGGGAGGAACUGGUUGGUAGUGUUUAUUCAGUGGCUGCUGUGUUGUUGACAUUUCUAAGAUCACUAGAGGAUCCUGUGGUACCAAGAUCAGUCCAUCAGAGAUGUAUGGACGCCUCCAACAACCCAACACUGUGUAGACAGGUGUUGUUGCAGAUGGCUGAGGUUCACAGAAGGUGUUUUGUUUUUAUAGUAACAUUUCUUAAGAAACUUUUGGAACAUUCACAAGAAAACAAAAUGGACGCUAAAGUAUUGGCAUCAAUAUUUGGUGAGGUAUUAAUGAACUCUACAAGAGAAGAGAAGCUGUCAAGGAACAAGAAGACACUGUCUCAAAUUAAUAAGAAAAAAAUGACUUUCCUUUAUCAGUUUCUAGCCAAUGACUUGACUGUUAAUUAUAAAUAAUAAAAAAUUAUUAUUAUUAUUAUUAUUAUUAUUAUUAUUAUUAUUAUCAUCAUCAUCAAUGCCGUGAGAUGUUUUUAUGACAAUUUGUAAAAUAUGAAAAUGAAUUAAGUGAUGGAUUUUGUUGCCAUUUGUUUGAUCCAAUCAAGUCAGUCCAUUAUUGUUUAUUUGUCUGAUGUUGAAAUUAUUUAUGAUAACACAAGCUACAGUGUACAUUGCUACAUUAAGUGAGUGCAGUGUGUGGGUAUGUCAGGUGAGGUAUGUAUGGUAUGUUAUUAUUGAGUUAGUUAUUAUUAAUAGUGUAGACUGUAGAGGCUGUUUACUGGAGGAGAUGUCAUCAAUCUAUCAACCAGUGGAGAGGAGGGAUCACUCUACAGUACAGGUAGGAGACUACCUGUACAUGUGGGGUGGGAAACAGCCUGAUCUCCCUGAAGUACACAA